AUGAUAGUUUUAUUAAUGUAUCUUCGAGAAGUAUUUGGUUUUGGGAAAAGUCAGGUCCCAUCCGAUCCGCUUGUCCCCAAGAAACUCAAAACAGACGAUGCCCUGCAGUCUCCCUUACUUGGGGAUAAGGAGAAGCAGUCCAGCUGGCUACGAUCCUUGUCCAAUUCAUCCAGUAAGAAUAUUGGGUGUCUUCAUCCGCGGCAGCGUCUUUCUGCAUUCCGGCCCUGGUCCCCCGCCGUUUCAGCCAGCGAGAAGGACGUCACCAACCACAUCCCGACAUUAAUUAGAGACAGUUGCUAUUCGUAUAAAAGUUUUGAGAACUCCGUCGCACCCAACGUGGCGCUGGCCCCCCCUCCUCAGCCAAAGAUCGUGAGCAACCCACUGUGCCCCCCGGCUGCCUUGCGGAACGCCGAGCCCCUCAGCAGCCCUCCCCAGCUCCGGAAAAGGAAACACGUCGCCGAACACACAGCUGUGCCCGAACCACCGCCCCCCGCCGCAGCCGUGCCCACCGUCGUCCCUCCCGUCCCUGCCGCGGAAGAAGAGAAGGAAUCUGAAGCCGAGAUAGAAGUGGAAACCCGAGAAGAGUUCACUUCCUCCCUGUCCUCGCUCUCCUCGCCGUCCUUCACCUCUUCGGGUUCAGCCAAGGAUAUGAAUUCCCCCAGCCUGCAAGUCCAGCCCGCCGCUGGCAACGCUGUCUUUGAAGUGUCAAGUCACGCCGAGCCUCAGAACGGGCCCAACGGGCUGGAAGCUGAGCUGGAGCAUCUGAGGCAGGCCUUGGAUGGCGGCCUGGACACCAAAGAAGCCAAAGAGAAAUUCCUCCACGAGGUGGUGAAGAUGAGGGUGAAGCAGGAGGAGAAGCUCAACGCCGCCUUGCAGGCCAAGCGCAGUCUCCACCAGGAGCUGGAGUUCCUCCGCGUGGCCAAGAAAGAGAAGUUGAGGGAGGCAACGGAAGCCAAGCGCAACCUGAGGAAGGAGAUCGAACGCCUCCGGGCAGAGAACGAGAAGAAGAUGAAAGAGGCCAAUGAGUCUCGGAUACGGCUCAAGCGGGAAUUGGAGCAGGCCCGACAGGUCCGGGUAUGCGACAAGGGCUGUGAGGCUGGCCGUCUACGAGCCAAAUACUCAGCCCAGAUCGAAGACCUGCAGGUGAAGCUCCAGCACGCGGAGGCGGACCGAGAACAGCUGCGGGCCGACCUCUUGCACGAGCGCGAGGCGCGCGAGAACUUGGAAAAAGCCGUCAAGGAACUGCAAGAGCAGCUCUGGUCAAAGCAUAACGACCUGCCCAACAGUGCGCACACCCCGAAAGACCCUGAGAACUGAGACCCCACCCCAUCCCACCCCACCUACACACCCCCGGCUCAAGACCGGCGGAAUCCUGCCUGUGGCCCGAGGGCCGAUCCGUGCAUAGUAAGCAAGACUGCGUGGAAGAGGCGUUCCCCAUCCCUAUCCCUGCAUGUGGCUAAAGACCAUGGAUCCAUGGUUCUUAAAUCGGAGGGCAAAUGUUGUUAACUCUUUAAUAACGGAAAGCACUGAAAUUCUGCCUCUUUUUUUUUU